UUUCCAGUUUCCUGUGGGUGUGAAGAAAGCCUGUUGAUGUGUGUGAUUGACUUUCACUUUGAUACAGUAAGACAGCAGCAGCAAUCUGAAAACCAGCAGCAAUAAGGCCUGAGACAUAUAUCCAUCAUAUCUAUCUAUCUAUAAUUGUAUCUAGGUUUGUUUUCCAGGCAGUAAACGCUCAUUAGUGGUGAAAGCGGUCCACAGGGCUCUUUCAAUCAGUCGGACAGAUGUUUGCUCUUCUCUUUUACAGCGAGAAACCCAACCCACACAACAUGCUCACAGACGAGAUGAUUGCUCAGGGCGGAGAGAUAGACAGAGAGAGUAUCAGAUUCAAACACCGCAGGAACAAACACUCUCAUUUCAAUCCCACCAAGACCAUGGACGAAGAAUCCCAGAAGUCCCACCUCUCAUCUUUCACGAUGAAAUUGAUGAAAUUUCAUUCCCCGAAGAUUAAAAGAACUCCAUCUAAGAAAAGCAAACAACUCCAGCCAGAGCCUGCAGUGAAGACUCCAGAGAAACCCGUCAACAAGAAGGUGAGUCGAUUGGAGGAACAGGAGAAGGAGGUGGUGAGCGCUCUGCGUUACUUCAAGACGAUUGUGGACAAGAUGAGCGUCGAUACAAAAGUUCUCCAGAUGCUUCCUGGUUCAGCUAGUAAAGUUUUGGAGGCCAUAUUGCCUCUGAUGCAGGUAGAGGCUCGGAUACAGCACAGCUCGGCAAUGUCCUCCUGUCAUAACCGCGUGUAUCAGAGUUUGGCGAAUCUCAUUCGUUGGUCCGACCAGGUGAUGCUGGAGGGCAUCGACCUCGACGACAAGGACACCGUGGCAACCGUCACCACGGUGAUCAAAGGCGUGCUGGAUGGUGUGAAGGAGCUGGUGAAACUCACAAUAGAGAAGCAUGAGCAACCGUCCCCGACGUCCCCCAACAAACCAGCGCCUCCUGUGACCAAAGCCGAGAGUGUGUGUGAAAAUCCUCUAACUGAGCGAGAGAAGGCGAUCCUGAGUAAGACCACGCCCAUUGCCACGCCCACCGACAGCUUGACGGACAUGUCCGAGGAAGAGGCUCCGCCCAAACCUCCUCUACCGGGACUCAAACUGGCAGAGCACAGCCCGCCCGCUCUGCCUCCCAAGAAGCGACAGUCGGCCUCCUCCCCCACGCGUGUUGCCGUGGUAGCGCCGAUGAGUCGAGGAUCAUGUGGUCACAACUUGCCUCCUGGAGCCCUGAGACAGCAGCAGGAGUUUGAUGUGGAUCUCCUCCAGAGGCGUUUCUCCGGCGGGAGCCAGUCGUACGGUGGAGAUUCGCCCCGUCUCUCUCCCUGUAACAGUAUGGGAAAGCUCAGCAAGUCCGACGAGCAGCUCUCUUCACUGGAGCGAGACAGUGGGCAGUGCUCUCGCAACACUAGCUGUGAAACACUAGAGGGAUACGAUCCUGAUUACGACUUCCUACAUCAGGAUCUGUCCGUAUCCGACCCCUUACCGUUUCCCACCGCCACUGUCAGCAAUCUGAGCCCUCUCCCAGAAAGCCACGGGGAGUCUCAGUCAUUAAGCCCCGCCCAGGCCCCGCCCACCCACCCGCGUUUCAGUGCUCCCAUCACCAAUCAGGCUUCCCUGGAGUACUGGACUCCGCCCCUCACACCUGGACAGACCAAUAUGGUGCAUCCACCCGCCCUCCCCCAGAAGAAGCGACGAUCCGCACCCAUCUUAUCGGCGUACCCUCUUUACGAGCGCCUCCCAUCGCAUUACGAUAACCUAUCAGAAGAGGAGCAGCCCACGCCACCGUUCCCGCUGGUGACACCAGGGUCGCCCCUUCCUCAGGUCAACGGUGGAGACGAACUCUCACAGUACACAGACGCCGACAGCCCGCCGCCGCUACCAGAGAAGAAGGGCAAACAGAUUCUGCAGUACAUGCAGUUUGUGGAGGAUUAUUCGGAACCGCAGCCGUCCGUCUUCUACCAGACGCCUCAGAGCGAGAGUAUUUACGAGCAGCGGAGGAACAAGCGCUUUCAGGAGGUUUACGGCUUCAACGAAUCCUACAGCAGCUCAGACUCUGUGCAUGAGGCCAUCCCACCGCCAGCGCUGCCGCCCAAACAGAGACAACUGGCCUCCUAUACCUCUCCUCCUUCAUCCUCCUCUUCCUCUUUUUCAAUUCUCCCUCCUCCUGCUGGGCUUCUGGAGGAGGCGGAGCCUGCUCUUGGUCUCAGCCUAUCAGUGUCUAACUCCUUCCUCAGUGGCCACGCCUCUUUGACCACGCCUGUGUCGCAGAGUUCUGACCCGAUUGGCUUGACCAAUGCCGGCAGAGCUCUAGAUGGUGGGGGUGUCUCUAACGGGUCCUUGACCAGCUCUCUGGUCUCUCUGGCCGUCUGUCUUCCUUCUGAGUCUUCUCUUUCUGACUCGCUUCUUACCUCUGCGAGUGAAAGUGUUGAUGAAGGUGGCGAGGGAGAGUAUGUGAACCUGUACUCGUCCACACAGGCUAACGGAGACAACACACACCGCACUGACACGUCUUCAUGUGAUGAUGGGCUUCAAGACCACACCCCUCACAUACCCACGUCCAAUAGCAAGGAAGCAUUGUCCAAGGACAGGCCGAAAGAACCAAGUCAUGGUCAGAUAGAUGAUGUUGAUGAAUUAUCCCUCAUUGAUCAUAAUGACAUUAUGGACCGCAUCACACUCAAAGCAGAGAAUGAUGAUGGUCCUGAUGUGAGAGCCGGUUCUGGUGAUAUACUGUUAGUUCACGCUACAGAAACAGACCGCAAAGAUUUGGUGUUGUACUGUGAGGCUUUUCUCACCACCUACAGAACCUUCAUAACACCCGAAGACCUCAUUAAAAAACUUCACUACAGAUACACACGCUUCUGUCACAGUCCAGACACCUUCAAGAAGCGUGUCAGUAAAAACACGUUCUUCGUGCUGGUGAGAGUCGUGGAUGAACUCUGUCUGGUGGAGUUGACCGAGGACAUCCUGCGGCAGUUGAUGGAUCUGGUGUUUCGGCUGGUCUGUAACGGGGAACUGAGUCUAGCGAGGGUCCUGCGAAAGAACAUCCUAGAUAAAGUGGAGCAGAAGAGGCUCCUGCGGCACGUGCACACGCUCAAGCCUCUCGCCGCACGGGGCGUCUCUGCUAGGCCCGGCACGCUGCACGAUUUCCGCAGUCAUGAGAUCGCCGAUCAGCUGACGUUGCUGGAUGCAGAACUUUUCUACAAGAUCGAGAUUCCUGAGGUGCUGCUUUGGGCAAAGGAACAGAAUGAAGAGAAAAGCCCAAAUCUGACCCAGUUUACAGAGCACUUUAACAACAUGAGCUACUGGGUGCGCUCUAUAAUCAUCCAGCAGGAGAAAGCUCAGGACAGAGAGAAACUGCUGCUCAAAUUCAUCAAAAUCAUGAAGCACUUGCGGAAACUGAAUAACUUCAACUCUUAUUUGGCGAUUCUCUCGGCGCUGGACUCUGCACCAAUCAGACGCCUGGAAUGGCAGAAGCAAACGUCUGAGGGCUUGGAGGAGUACUGCACUUUGAUUGACAGCUCGUCAUCUUUCCGAGCGUACAGAGCAGCUCUAGCCGAAGUGGAGCCUCCAUGCAUUCCCUACCUGGGUUUGAUCCUACAGGACCUGACGUUUGUUCACCUCGGAAACCCGGAUUUUAUUGAGGGUAAAGUGAAUUUUUCCAAGCGCUGGCAGCAGUUCAACAUUCUGGACAGCAUGAGACGCUUCCAGCAAGUACACUACGAGCUGAAACGUAACGAAGACAUCGUCUCGUUCUUCAACGACUUCAGCGAUCACCUGGCGGAGGAGGCGUUAUGGGAACUCUCGCUCAAGAUCAAACCACGAAACAUCUCGCGGCGCCGGACAGAGCGUGAGGAGAAGACCUAGAGCCUCAAAGACGAUAUAUACGGUGAGACCUGAACCUCCGGCAGAACCUUGGGAACCCACGCUACAGUUCUGGGCUGAACCGAGAACACGCAAGCUACAAUUUGCACCUAUAAAACAUUGGCAGACAUUGGCAGUAUUUUCCCUGAUUGUUAACUUUAAAACUCAUGAGGGGAAUCCUAAUAUACAAUAUACAAAUAUACAGAUACGCACGCUCAAGAGGACCCGAACGCUGUGAUAUAAAGCAACUUUUUUAUGUUUAUGUGUACAGAAAGACACACUCUAAGAGGGCUUGGUUCAUUUGAUAUUAAUACACUGUGCCUGAUGGAGUGAGUUCAUGUUUGCUUGUCCCAUUCGGACGUAACGUUUGGCCUUCCAAAGGUCAGUCACCUGAUGAUUCGCCCGCUGGGUCGACCUGCAGUCACCGUUCAGACCAUAUGAUUGGGAAACGGGCAGACGUGUGCAAUCUUAUAACCGUUUAUAAGGAAAAUUCUCUGAUCUGUUCAAAUGAAAGUUUUGACAGAGACGGCAGGUUAUGUAUAAGUGGAAUAUAUUCAUUUGAAAUUUAAAGAGCGAACUGGACGUUUGGACUCAUUUUUCACGUCAUCUUGCUAUAUUGUUUUGUGUUCUAACUGUUUACCCCGUCACAGCCCAACGAGUCCCACGAGAACGUGUUAAAACAACAAAAAAAACUGUUUAUAUGCACAAUUUGCAUUGACAUUAUUUUCAUGACGGUUUCUUUUCAUGUAUAUUUCUUCCUCUUCCCAAUUUUCAAUGGCUUGCACAAUGCGAAAUGCCAAAAGAAAAAUGUAAAGUGCAUUUAUGAGGUACAAACAAAAUGUUUUUUGUACCGAGUUUAAUUUAAAAGGGAAAAAUAGGUCACAUUCAUCAAACACGAGCAGAACAAAUUGUUGUUCGUAAAUCCUUUAUGCAAUUUUUUUCAAAAAGUUUAUGCAAGUUUAUUCAUUACACAAGUUGUUGCAUUCAGUGCAAUACAUAAGAAAUGUUUUAUAAACACAUCAGAACAAAAAAAUGAUUUGUUUUGCUCAUGCUUCGUGAAUGAGGAUUUUGGGAAAAGGCUUGAUAUUCAUGAAAAUAGUGUCAUUAUACAAACAUUAAAGUUAAUUUAUCCGUUUUUGUCAAAGAGUGACCCGAACAUUUGCCAGAGCAGGCUAUGAUGUCACAGAGAGGGGCGGGGCUUAGUUUGACGGCGUGCAUGUGGAUGAUUUUGAUUCUUUUGGGAUAUGUAUUAUAUUAUGUUCUGUAUAAAUGUACAUGUACAGUUGUGAUGUAUAAUCUCCUAUCAUGUAGAGGGCAGUUGCGAGGAAAUAUAUUUUCAAACCAAAUGAGUCGUGCACUAAAAUAACUAACAUUAUGAGGCAAAAAACACAAGGACUGAAUAUGCUGUGAUCUCUGGGCAUCUGAGUGUCGUGUGUGAGUGCGAGUUUGUGAGUGUGUGUGCGCGCAUGUGGGUUUUUUACAGAACGUUGUUAUUCACUUACGGGAGAAAGGAAGCUAAAAAGGCUUUCUUCAGUGUGUGUGUUGUGUGGCGUCUUGAGAUGUUGACGUUUACUGACUCCUGGGAUUUUUUUCUUCCUGUUACACCUAUAACAUCCUGUAUAUUCAACCACCAAUAAAACUGCUCUCUUUGUA